CUGGUGUGUCUGUUGGAGAUCCUGUACUCCGCACUGGUAAACCCCUCUCCGUAGAGCUUGGGCCUGGCAUCAUGGGAGCUAUUUUUGAUGGUAUUCAGAGACCUUUGUCAGAUAUCAGCAGUCAAACCCAAAGUAUAUACAUUCCUCGAGGAGUAAAUGUGUCUGCUCUUAGCAGAGACGUCAAAUGGGAUUUUACACCUUGCAAAAACCUACGGGUUGGUAGUCACAUCACUGGUGGAGAUAUUUAUGGAAUUGUCAACGAGAACUCACUCAUCAAACACAAAAUCAUGUUACCCCCACGAAACAGAGGAACUGUAACUUAUAUUGCUCCACCUGGAAAUUAUGAUACCUCA